GUGUUUCAUGUUUCAGCUCCUCCUCACAUUCCAGGCCUGCUGAGACUUCCCCUCAAAUUCCCCAAAAUGGAGCCGACUCUGCCUCUGCCUCUUGCAGCGUGUUCUCUGAAAAGCUCCAAGCUGAAAACCAGGGUUUAUGUUGUUUUCUUCUCUAUGGUGCUAUUCACCGCCUUGCUGGGCCUCCUGCAGCUGAAGUUCUUCAAGGCCAAAGUCAAAGACUUUUAUGCUUUUGAAGUGAAAGAUUCGAAAGGAAGGAGUGUUUCCUUGGAGAAGUACCGAGGCAAAGCAUCUCUGGUUGUAAACGUGGCUAGUCAUUGCCAGCACACAGACAAAAGCUACGUCAUGCUGCAGGAGCUCCACAGAGAGUUUGGAUCAACCCACUUCACAGUGCUGGCCUUCCCCUGCAAUCAGUACGGAGAAUCAGAGCCCGGCACAAUCCAGGAGAUCACCUACUUUGCAAAAUCAAAUUAUGGAGUAUCUUUCCCCAUUUUCAACAAAAUUAAGAUUCUAGGGACUGAAGCAUCACCAGCUUUCAAAUUCCUGAUAGAAUCAUCCAAGAAAGAGCCAAAGUGGAAUUUCUGGAAGUAUCUUGUCAGUCCAGAAGGCAAAGUUGUGAAAUUCUGGAGACCGGAAGAGCCCAUAGAAAAUAUCAAGCCAGAUAUUGCUGCUCUGGUUAGACAGAUCAUUUUGAAAAAGAGAGAGGACCUCUGAAAAGGCAGUUAUGCUAUGGGACUUCUGAAUGACACAAUUUCUGCGAAGUGCUUUCAUACUUUCCUCCUGAAGUAGGGUAAAAAAAGCAACCAGUGGGACAUUUUGCUGAUGAAUUUCAUAGUAGCUUCUGACAUGUUUAGGACUUACUGAGGAUAAGUGAAGCAAAGAAGAAUAUGGGUGCCUUAAAAUAGCACUUUAUCCAACUUAGCCCCAGAGAUACCCUCUUCAAAAAUGCAUGACCAGCAUAUCUGACUAAAGAAACCAUUGUAAAAAUGCAGAAAGUCAAUCUAUGCAGUGAAUAUGAUAUUGAGCCAUAAUCAUCUAAGGAGCUUUUCCAAGUGACCCCCCGUUGCAUAUGAAACUUAGUAACUGAUCACAUGAUUUAAGGAUAACAAAAAAAAUCUACAAAUCCUGGCUUCAGAUUAUCAUUGUUUAGUAUACCAGUGAGCAUACAUCCUUCAGGAGUCUUUUCCAUAAUGCUCCCAGUUUGCAUAACUAUGCUAUUCCCUAGAGCAGGCAUGGGCAAACUUUGGUCCUCCAGGUGUUUUGGACUUCAACUUCCACAAUUCCUAACAGCCUCAGGCCCUUUUCUUUUCUCUCGCAGUCUCUUAAUCUGUUAGGAAUUGUGGGAGUUGAAGUCCAAAACACCUGGAAGGCUGUGGGAAAGGGAGUUGAAGUCCAAAACACCCUAUAGCCUCUGACAGAACUUGAAUAUCCCUAGGUUAUGCACAGCCCAUGGGAAUAAGCAGAUAAAAUGGUAAAAGAAACUUAUAGAAACAAUUCCCUAGUAUUAUGUGAUGCUGCCCAUCAGUUCAAUCCAGAAAUGAGUCAUCAUCUGAAAGCCCUCCUAUUGGUUCCAUCUUGGUUCUUUGGAAGUUAGGCUGAUUUUCAAUAUGAUUCUGGAAUGUUGCAUUGUAAAAAAAGUAAAUUGCAAAAUACACUCCAUUCAUUGAACACAGAAAUUAAUUGAAUGAAAAUAUUUUUGUUUCUGAGCAAGCUAUUUAUCAGAUUUUCCAGACAUUGAACCAUUUCAUGCAAAAUGGUAUAUUCACUAUACAGCCUAGCUUUGUAUCAGGAAAUGGUUGCAUUGUGUGGGGAAAUGCCCCCCAAAAUGUAAAUAAGUAGUUUUAUUUAAUUUUAUUUUUUAAAAGAGAUAGGAAAAUUCAA